GUGACAGUGUCGUUCACAGACGUGGCCAUAGCGCUCACUCAGGAGGAGUGGCAGCACAUGGGUCUUGCUCAGAGGACCCUCUACAGAGAUGUGAUGCUGGAGAACUACAGCCACCUCGUCUCAGUGGGGUACUGCAUUUUCAAACCAGAAGUGAUCUUCAAGUUGGAGCAAGGAAGAGAACCUUGGUUCUUAGAGGAGGGAUUCUCCAACAAGAGCUGCCCAGAAGAUUACAAGAUCAAGAGGAAUAAGAAAAUCAAAGAUAAACACUUGCAACAAAUAAUAUUUAUCAGCAAUGAAACAACGGCCAAAGAAGAAGAGAAAGUUUUUGAAAAACCAUUUAAUAUACACCAAGCUCCUGCUUCUUCAACAAAAAUAUCUUAUAAAUAUGACUCAUGGGGAUUGAAUUCACAAAAUAUUUCUGAAUUUAAUAUUAAUAAUAGAACCCAUUCAACAAAGAAAGUUGUAUGUGAGAAUUUACCUUUCAGUGUUAAAUUUGAAAGAACUCACGCUCGAGAAGAAGCUUCUGAAUGUAAUAAUAAAACCACGAAAGCUCUCACUUACAAGAAAGAUCUACCUGAGAAUCGAAGAUUUCAGGCUUCAAAGCAAACUUGUAAAUGUAAUAAAUUUGGAAAAGCCUUCAAUGAUAAAGCUGCCUGUAUUACAUAUAAGAGUUCUAAUUCAGAAGAGAAAGACUGGAAAGAUAAUAACGAUAAGAUAACCCAUUAUAAGACAACUGUAUUUGAUCGCAAAGUAGCUGGCACAAAGAAGAAAUGUUCUCAUCUUAACCAUCGUGGGAAAUCUUUCUGUGAGAAACCAGCUGUUGUGGAAUGCUGUAAAGUUCAUAUGGCUAUGAAAUACUAUGAAUGUAAUAAAAGAGGGAAUAAUUUUAGCAGGAAGUCAGAAUUCACUUACCUUCAGAGAACUGUCAUAGGAGAACAUCUGCUUGUACAUAAUGACAGAACAAGGACUGGGGAUAAGUCCUUUGAAUAUAAUAAAAAUGGGAAAUCUUGCUUGACACCAGCCCGCAAAAUAUGUCAGAAAACUCACUCAGAGGUAAAACCCUAUAAAUGCAGUGAGUGUGGGAAAUCCUUCUGUCAAAAAGGACAUCUCAUUCAACAUCAGAGAACUCACACAGGAGAAAAACCAUUUGAAUGUAACGAAUGUGGAAAAACUUUCUCCCAGAAGUCACACCUCAGUACUCAUCAGAGAAUUCACACAGCAGAGAAACCCUAUAAAUGUACCGAAUGUGGGAAAACUUUUGUCCAGAAGUCAACCCUCCGGGGACAUCAAAGAAUUCACACAGGUGAGAAACCCUAUGAAUGUUGUGAAUGUGGGAAAACUUUUGUUCAGAAGUCAACCCUCAGAGAUCAUCAUAGAAUUCACACAGGGGAGAAAUCUUUUCAGUGUAAUGAAUGUGGAAAAACUUUUGGUCAGAAGUACCAUCUCAUUCAACACCAAAAAACUCAUACAGGAGAGAAACCAUUUAAAUGUAACAUAUGUGGAAAAGCAUUUGCCCGAACAUCAACCCUGAGAGUACAUCAGAGAAUUCAUACUGGGGAGAAACCAUUUCAAUGUAAUGAAUGUGGGAAAAAAUUUGUCCGGAAGGCAAUUCUUAGUGAUCAUCAGAGAAUUCAUACAGGGGAGAAACCCUUUCAAUGUAAUGAAUGUGGGAAACCCUUUAGCCAGAAGUCAAACCUCAGAAUACAUCAAAAAACUCACAAUGGUGAGAAAUCUUAUGAAUGUAAUGACUAUGGGAAAUAG